CGUACGCUGUUUGCGUACGUACGUUGGCAUUUGUCCGUGACUCCGUGUGCUUGCUCGUCCCAUCCUCUUUGCUGAGUGUGACCGCCGGGCGCUGUCUGCAUCGCUUACAGAGAUAAUGGCUGUUCCUCCGACGUACGUUGACCUGGGCAAAUCCGCCAGGGACAUUUUCACCAAAGGAUAUGGAUUUGGUCUAAUCAAGUUGGACUUAAAAACGAGAUCAGAAAAUGGUUUGGAAUUCAAAAGCUCUGGCUCAGCGAACACUGAGACCAGUAAGGUAGCCGGGACGCUGGAGACCAAAUACAAGUGGGCCGAACACGGCCUGACUUUCACUGAAAAGUGGAACACUGACAACACUCUCGGGACGGAGAUAACCCUCGAGGACCAGUUGGCCAAAGGACUGAAGCUGACGUUUGAUUCCUCAUUUUCUCCAAACACGGGCAAAAAAAGCGGGAAGAUCAAGAGCAGCUUCCAGCGUGAGCACAUUAACCUGGGCUGUGAUGUGGACCACGACAUCAACGGCACGGCGGUGCACGGAGCCGCGGUUGUGGGCUUUGAGGGCUGGCUCGCCGGGUACCAGAUGACGUUUGAAGCCGGAAGGAACCGCAUCACUCAGAGCAACUUUGCCGUUGGCUACAAGACCGACGAGUUUCAGCUUCACACAAAUGUGAAUGAUGGAACCGAGUUUGGUGGGUCGAUUUAUCAGAAGGUGAAUGAUAACCUGGAGACAGCCGUGAAUCUGGCCUGGACUGCUGGCAACAGCAACACACGCUUCGGCAUCGGUGCCAAGUAUCAGAUCGAUGCCGACGCUUCCUUCUCGGCCAAAGUGAACAAUUCUUGUCUCGUUGGUCUUGGGUAUACUCAAACCUUAAAACCUGGUAUUAAACUGACCCUCUCCGCUCUUCUGGAUGGGAAGAACAUCAAUGCUGGUGGCCACAAACUGGGUUUGGGUCUGGAGUUUGAGGCGUAGGAUUGCAAUUAUCCUGAAUUGAUCUUUUUGAAUACCUCCCUUCACAAGUCUUAUUUCUCUUAGAUGCCCUGGCUAAGGAAAUGUAUUAUACUGGAUAAUUAUGCAUUAGUGAUGUGCAUUUAAGAAGAGUAUCUAUGAAAUUAAAGACCUAAUGAAUUUUCAAUACACUAGAUUUAAUAUUAUUUAUUAGAGCACUGAUCAUGAUGGAGAUUUAACAAGAGGUUUAUUGUUUGGCUUGGAAACGGCUGGUUAUACUACGGUACGACAUUCCAGAUCCACAAUUUCUGUCUAGACCACUAAACCCCCUCACAGAAGCUAGAAGAAUUCACUCUGCUGUAUAACUAUAGAAACCAGACCAGGAGUGUGAUUAGUGUUUGUGUCUCGUCUGUCUCUGUAUGUGAAUCUUGUCCAUUUGUUACACAUAUAGUUUUACUGCUGGAUACUGCCUUUACCUUCAUCUGUCCCUAAACAUAAGAUGUCACAGGGAAAAAGCUUCUUCAAAACAUUUUCAAAGGUGAAUGUAGUCUUCCAUUUUUAAGUGUAGGUUUAUGGUAAUGUGGAUUUAGAGGGAUGUUUCAUUUCAGUUGAAUAAAACCAUUCAACAUUCA